AUGGCGCACCGGGCGGACGCCGUGGCGCCGCUGCUCGCCAAGCCCGACGCCGCCGCCACGCCACCACCGCCGGCGAAGCGCAACAAGUACCCCUUCUUCUGCGCCGUGCUCGCCUCCAUGACCUCCGUGCUCACGGGCUACAACGUCGCGGUGACGAGCGGCGCGCAGAUCUUCAUGGCGGAGGACCUCGGGGUGAGCGACACGCAGAUCGAGGUGCUCUCGGGGGUCAUCAGCAUCUACUCGCUCGUCGGCGCACUGCUGGCCGGCUGGACCUCCGACCGGCUCGGCCGUCGCCUCACCAUCGUGCUCGCCAACGCCUUCUUCCUCGUCGGCCCGCUCGCCAUGGCGCUCGCCGGCGGGUACGCCUUGCUCAUGGUCGGCCGCUUCGUCGCCGGCGUCGGCGUCGGGUACGCGCUUGUCAUCGCGCCCGUCUACGCCGCCGAGAUCGCGCCGGCGUCAUCCCGAGGGCUCCUCACCUCACUUCCUGAGAUUUUUAUCAACACCGGGGUGAUGCUGAGCUACGUGUCGAACCUCGCCUUCUCGGGGCUGCCCGUGCACCUGUCGUGGCGGGUGAUGUUCGCGGCGGGCGUGGUGCCCACCGUGUUCCUGGCGGCCGGGGUGCUCACCAUGCCAGAGUCGCCGCGGUGGCUGGCCAUGAAGGGCCGUGUCGCCGAGGCGAAGGCAGUGCUCGACAAGACGUCGGACACGCCCGCCGAGGCUGAGCAGCGGCUGCUCGAGAUCCAGGACGUCGUGAUGAACAGCAGCGGCAACCGCGACGGCGGCGGCGGCGCGUGGAAGGAGGUGGCGACGAAGGCCGGCGUCCGGCGCGUGCUGGCCAUCGUGCUGACGCUGCAGUUCUUCCAGCAGGCGUCGGGCAUCGACUCGGUGGUGCUGUACGGCCCGCGCGUGCUCGCCAUGGCCGGCGUCACGUCCAACACCUUGCUCCUGAGCCUCAACGUCCUGUUCGGCGUCGCCAAGGCCGGCUCCAUCCUCGUCGCCAUGGUGCUGGCGGACCGCGUCGGGCGGCGCCCGCUCCUGCUGGUCAGCACGGGCGGCAUGACGGCGGCGCUGCUCGUCCUGGGCUCCCUGAUCGCGGCGUUCGCGGGGGCCAAGGACGACGCUGCGGUCGCCGCCGUGAGCGUGGCGGCCGUCGUGGCGUUCGUGGUGGCCUUCUCCGUGGGGCUCGGCCCGCUGGCGUGGGUGUACAGCUCCGAGAUCCUGCCGCUCCGGCUGCGCGGGCAGGGCGCCGGGCUCGGCACCGCCAUGAACCGGAUCAUGAGCGGCGGCGUCACCAUGACCUUCAUCUCGCUCUACCAGGGCAUCACCAUGGCCGGCGCGUUCUACCUCUACGCCGCCAUCGCCGCCGCGUCUUUCGUGUUCGUCUACGCCUGCCUGCCGGAGACCAGGGGGCGGAGCCUCGAGGACAUGGAGGAGCUCUUCCACACCAAGCGACUUCGCAAUUCACCGCCAUUAGUUCAAUUUGAUUCAGUGCAUUGCAGAUUUGCCAUAGUUGGAGCUGCUCUUGAUCUUGAUCGUUAA